GGGGAGGGAUUCACUGUGAAAUGAUAAAAGUGGAGUGACGUAUUGUGGGUGACAGCAAAUAGCUAUGGGGUGGAUAACCCAAUUUUAUUGGUGGUGGGGGGGGUGGGGGUUGGAGAGGAGAGUUGUUGGUUUAGUUCGGACUAUUUGCCAACAAAUCCACAGUCGCUACACUUUGGGUUUGAGACUUUUUGAUGCUGUAUCCGGCGCAGAGAUUGGUGUCGUUGACUUGUGAUGAUCCCGAGACUGUGAUUUCCGAGCCCUGAGAUGUUAUGGGGAUGGGGGGAGAGGGAGGGAGGGAGUGUGUGAUGGGGGGGGGUAUGGUGGGGAAAGAGUGUGAGAAAGAGAGACGGGAAGAAUGAACGAGAGGAGAGAGUUGAGAAAAUGAGUGGAUGUGUGUGCGAGCGAGAAAGUGCGAGAGGACGCAGAGGGAAAGAUGAACUGGAAAGUGAGCGAGCGGGUGAAAGAAACCGUUGGUGCGUGUGGCCAAGAGAGGGGGGAAUUGGGGCGAAGCGGAAGCUGGACUUGGAAGGGAAUGAUCACCCGUAUUUACCAGAAUUCCGAACUCCCAAAGGCAAAGGAAAGACGCCAGCCAGAGUUCCCAGCCCGAAGACCCCCAAGUCCCCGGGGGAGAAGACCCGGUACGACACGUCGCUGGGGCUCCUGACCAAGAAGUUUGUGCAGUUGCUGAGCGAGUCCCCGGACGGCGUGCUGGACCUGAACCGGGCGGCCGAGGUGCUGGAGGUGCAGAAACGCCGCAUUUACGACAUCACCAACGUCCUGGAGGGAAUCCAGCUGAUCCGCAAGAAAUCCAAGAACAACAUUCAGUGGAUGGGCCGCAGCCUGUUUGAGGAUCCAGCGGCUGUGGUGAGGCAGCACGCCCUGAGGCAGGAGCUGCUGGAGGUGAUGCGGCGAGAGACGUCGCUUGACGAUCUGAUCCAGACGUGCAGCGCGCAGCUCAAAGAGCUGACUGACGACAGCGACAACCAGAGGCUCGCGUACGUCACGUACCAAGACAUCUGCUCCGUCGGCAGCUUCAAGGACCAGACGGUCAUCGCGGUGAAAGCUCCGCCAGAGACCAGGCUAGAGGUGCCGGACAUCAUCGAUGAGAACCUGCAGAUUUACUUGAAGAGCACAAAUGGCCCCAUCGAGGUCUACCUGUGUCCGGAGGAGGUGCUGGAGGAGAGCAGCCCGGGCAAGAGCAGCACCCCCAAAAAACCCCAGCGAGGCUCGGCAGCCCACUUCCAGGGCGGGGCGGGAGCAGCCACGCCUCCCGUACAAGUGGAGGUGUCGAAGCCGGUGGCUGUGACCUCUCUGCUGGACUGCGAGGACGGGGUCCUGGGGCUGCCCCACAACCUGCUGCAGCAGACAGAGGACCAGCUGCCCUCCAGCUCCUACUCCGACACCCCCUUCGUCAGCUUCUCGCCCACGCUCGACCGCGAGGAUUACCUGUGGAGCCUGGAGGACGGGGAGGGUGUCAGCGACCUCUUCGACUCCUACGACCUGGACGAACUACUUCAGAACUAGUCUCUGGCUUUCCAUCUCUUUCCCCCUCCGCCCCCUUCCGCAGUCGUCGCUCAUCUAACAUUAACUCGUUAUUGGCGGGGGGGGGGGGUGACCUCUUUUUUUAAAAAGAAAAUUUGAUGCGAGGGUGGGGGGCUCGGCGAAGAGAGCUGGUAUCUUGUGUGGCCCGGUUCACUUUCUACUUGACGUUUGCAAAAUCGUCGGUCCCUGCCCUCGCUCAUUUGUUUUAUAUAUAGGAAGAAAAGUUUUAAGUCUUACAUUUUACAAAUGUAAACGGUACAAAAAUUAGUAGGUCUUUUUGCGCGAGUGUGGGGGCGGGAGGUAGGGGGCUGUGUGUGUGUGUGUUGUCCAGGAGGGGGGAAAUGAAUGCUGUUAUCAACCUCCUGUUUAAAUUGCUUAAUAAUCUGAAAAUCACUCAGGACAUACACUCGGUGUGAUAGGGGAGGGCGGAACAGACUGAUUAAAGCGUAUCUAUCAAAAGGCAAAAUACUGCAGAUGCUGGAAAUCUGGAUUAAAAGCUGAAGGAACUGGGAACACACCUGAGCGGGUCAGGCAGCAUCUAUGGAGAGAGAGAGAGAGCGAGAGGAAACCGAGUUGAUGUUUCAGGCCGACGACCUUUCAUCAGAACCUUUUGUCAAGAGAGUUCAGGUGCCGAAAGGUUAUCGGUCAGAAACGUUAACUCAUUUUCCUCUCUCCGUUAGACGCUGCCUGGCCGGCCAGUUGUUCCUUCGGUUUUUAUUUCAUAAAGUGUCCCGUGUCUAUUCUGAGAAACUAGCCAAGGACUCAGUUGGUCAGUCCUCUUAUUCCCCCCCUCCCCUGACCAAAAAUCUUUUCCAUUUGAAGAAAUUAAGUACUGUAUUUUUUUUAAGCCU